UGAUAGCGCUGUGAUGCGGUUGUUGAAGGAAAGAAAUGGCCAAGCCCACACCGGCUGAAACAUCUCGCGCUAAAAAAUCUGGAUCCCUUACUGAAAUCUCGCGUUCUUCCGGAAGGUAAGCCCUUUGACCAUCAUGACCACUGUGACGUUACAUCUAGUGGAGUAAAACACAGUUUACAACCAUGGUAGGUAAGAAGAGAAAACAGGCUUAUUCAAAGCCUUCAGAUGUAUCAGCUGAGAAGAGAAAAAGGACAGAAGUUGCCCCUGUUCCCUCAACAAGCAGGCCAAGACGUCGGGCAACCGUGAAGGGGAUACAGGAAAGAGCAAGGAGAACAACGCAAAGUUUACCAGCUGUCAGAGCUAGCAGGAGAAACGUUGAAGCUAGUUAUCACGACGAGAAGUCCAGCGUACGAGCCGUCAGUGGUGUAUGGCAGAGAACAGGUUACAGACUAGUCAGGACAGGCACCAAGACUAUUUUGGACCUGCCUAUCGAGUGUGUCGCAAAAGUGUUCACGUUUCUGUCGGACAGGGACAAGUGUCGAGCGGCGUCGGCCUGUCGUUUUUUCUCGCAGGCGGCCAGGACCCCGCAUCUGUGGAGCCGCGUGUGUGUGGACGCCGGCUUUCUCAAUCUCAGCUCCAAGUUUCCCGAUUUCCUCUUCUCUAGCAGAGAUCGUAAUGAGAGCAAGGCUUUCAGUCUACGCAAGAAGCACAUCUUUCAUCUCACAUCGCGCAACGCGUCCAUCCGCGAUCUGACCUACGAACUCUACGUGGACCAGUACCAGCACACCCUUAAGAAGCUUCUUGACGCGCAGCAUUGCUCGAACCUGGAGAAGCUGAGCGUGACGUGCUACGACAUCUGCACGACGCGCGGGGAGGCGUUCGCGAGGAAGUUGGAGUUCGUGUCGGACGUCCUGCGGAAGGCCCACAGUCUGAGCCCGGGGAUAAAGAGCCUGAGGAUGCGCAGCUGCCAGCUGCUGGUCCUGCCCGAGAAGCUGGAGCUGCUCUUCAAGUUCCAGCACCUGCAGCACCUGGAAGUGCAGCUGUUUCUGAAGGACAAUGUGCACCUGUCAGGGGAAACCCUUGAGCGACUGUUCACCAAUUUCCCAUGUCUGACCACACUGGAGCUGGAGGUGGACUCCACCUUAGACUACAAGCUGCCGGGGAGGGUCAACUUCCGCAUGGCCUGCCCCACUUUACAGCACCUCCGCCUCUACUACAGCCCCGACUUCAGACCCACCAGCAUCAACAUGCCGAGCCUGAAGACCUUCAGCAUCAAGUACUGGACCGACUUUUCCCCACACCCCCGCAGAGUGGUGUUCCAGGACUGUCUGUUUGAGAUGAUCGUGAGAGGCUGUCCGGGGAUCGCGUCAAUCAAUCAGAAGGAGGUGCUGGGAUUGGUGGAGGAGUACAGGGAGGAUCCAGAGAGGGUGAAGCUGCUGAGUGUGUGUUACUGUCCGCGUCAUGGCAUGGCUCCGCCUCCUCCAGGGGCUAUCAACAUCAUGGUGUACUUUGACCAUCACCAAUAGCAUUGGGCUUGAAAUACAUUUUACCUGCAGUAUGAGGCCGCACCAAUUUCAUUUGUUGGUUGU